AUGGGGUGCGUCUCUUCAAAGCUCCACCGGAAGGACCUUCAGAGGAACAUCGUCGUCAACAAUGGCAGCGAGUAUCUCAACCACGUCGUCUCUUUAACUUCCAGCACUUACGGCGUUCUCAAUCUCGACGCUGAUCAGAAAUCGAAGGAUUUAGUUGCAGAGGCGACGAAGAUAUCGCCUCCUCGCGAAGAAUUAGAAGUGAUUAACACUUGGGAGCUUAUGGAUGGCCUUGAAGAAGGAAUUCCGAUGGCAAAUCGGGGCAAAAAAAGCCCUAAAACUAGAGUGUUUCUUCGCGGAUUGGUCGAUUUGGAUCGAAGAAGUCCGUUGAAGUUCUUUAAUCAAAUUGGUACUCCGAAGAAGGCGAUUAGGUCCGUCGGGAAGGAGAAUCGAGGCAGAGUCAAUGGCGUCGGGAAGGAUAACAGUCCGAGAAAGAACACGCCGAAAUCGUCGGUUGUUUCUCCCAAAUCGGCUCUGAAAUUGAGUGUUCCGGUGAAGAAUACGCCGAUUUCGGCGAGAAGGCAGAGUUUCCGAAGCGAUUCGGGCCAUUUCUCGGCUAGACGGAGGAGUUUGAGUCCACUAUUCGAUCCAGAGCUGGUAGCGUCGUACGAGAAAGAAUUAAACGAAGAAGGAGAACAAAUCAAGAGAAUCGUUUCAGAGACGCCGAAAUCUAAGGCGGCCGCGAGACAUUUUCAAGAAUCGGACAUUGCCCUAAAAAAAGAGUUCGAGGAACGUCGCCCACCCGGCGGCGAAACCGCCGUCGUAAUCUACACGACGACACUUCGAGGAAUCAGAAAGACAUUCGAGGACUGCAACAAGGUUCGAACGAUCGUCGAAUCUUACGGCAUUCACUUGAUCGAGAGAGACAUAUCAAUGGAUUCCGGUUUCAGAGAGGAACUGAGGGCGUUAAUAGACAGUAAAGAGGUGAAAGUUCCGGCGGUUUUCGUGAAGGGGAGACUAAUCGGAGGGGUGGCGGAGGUGUUGAAAAUGGAGGAGGAGGGGAAAUUGGAGGUUCUGUUUGAGGGGAUUCCGAGGGCGGCGGGCGGAGGAGGGUGUGAAGGAUGCGGGGGCGUGAGGUUUGUGUUGUGUGUGGAUUGCAAUGGAAGCUGUAAGGUUUUGGAUGAGACGAAGAAGAAGACGAUGAAAUGUUGUGAGUGUAAUGAAAAUGGGUUGAUUCAGUGUCCUAUUUGUUCUUGA